CCCCGUCUUCCUUAAACAUUUUAGGCGAGGAGAAAAACAAGUGGGAGCGAACCAAACACUCAACCAACUUUUCUCUCCCGCAUCAACAACAACUCUUUCUUCCCCAAACCAAAUCCAAAACCAAAUGGAUUCCAAACUUCGAAACCCAGAAACCCCAGAAUCCAUUUCAGAAGAAGAAAAACAGCAACUUGCCAUUGUCUCUUCAUCCCCUUUUGCCACUGCUUCUCUUUCUCUUUCUCUUUCUCUCUCCACCAUUCUACCUACCCAUUUUUUAACUCAACCUAAAAUCUCAGCUCUUUUUUCCUCUCCACCAACCAAGGCGAAAAUACCUACUCAAGCCACCUCUCUCACUCACCUCUCUCUUUUCUCCACUUCUUCUCCUAAACUCUCCUUUAAGUCUACCAUCUCUGCCAACCCUCCAACCCCCCUCACUCUUGGCCCCCGCCGCCCCUCUGACCCCUCCAAUGCUGCCGGAACUCGCCGAGCUUGCAUCGUUUGGUUUCGCAAUGACUUGCGUGUCCAUGACAAUGAGUGCCUCAACUCUGCCAACAACGACUCUAUGUCUGUUUUGCCUGUUUAUUGUUUUGACCCGAGAGAUUAUGGCAAAUCCUCUUCUGGGUUUGAUAAAACUGGACCUUAUCGUGCCAAUUUCUUGAUUGAAUCUGUCUCUGACCUGCGCAAGAACUUGCAGGCUAGAGGAUCUGAUCUUGUGGUGAGAGUGGGGAGACCGGAGACCGUGUUGGUUGAAUUGGCAAAGGCUAUUGGAGCUGAUGCUGUGUAUGCGCAUAGAGAGGUGUCUCAUGAUGAGGUUAAGGCAGAGGACAAGAUUGAGGAGGUUAUGAAAGAUGAGGGAGUUGAGGUGAAGUACUUUUGGGGAAGUACUUUGUAUCAUUUGGAUGAUUUGCCUUUCAAGUUGGAAGAUAUGCCAUCGAAUUAUGGUGGGUUUAAGGAGAAAGUGCAGGUUUUGGAGAUUAGGAAGACCGUUGAGACCUUGGAUGAAUUAAAGGGUUUGCCUUCAAGAGGAGAUGUGGAGCCUGGGGAUAUCCCUAAUCUAUUGGAUUUGGGUCUCAACCCAACUCAGGAUGGGAAGGCAACUGCAAGUGCUUCUAUGGUGGGAGGCGAGGCUGAAGCACUACAGAGGCUCCAGAAAUUUGCAGCUGAGUGCCAAGCACAACCUCACAAGGGAAUCAAUGGCAGCCAUGACAGCAUAUAUGGCGCAAACUUUUCCUGCAAAAUCUCUCCAUGGCUCACAGUGGGAUGCAUCUCUCCCCGUUCCUUGUUUGAUGAGCUUAAGAAGACUGCUGCAAGAACAAUUUCUGGUGCCUCAAAUCGCGGUGGUGGUGGUGGUGGUUCACCUGAUAGUGGAAUGAACUGGUUGAUGUUUGAGUUGUUGUGGAGGGAUUUCUUCAGAUUCAUUACCAAGAAAUACAGUGCUCCAAGGAAACAGCUGGAAGCAACUCCAGCCACAGCUUGCACCACGGGUGCAUUUGCUUAGGCAAGACAUUGUUUUGUUGGCGAAAAGGAAAUUUGCCCUGAACUGGGGGAUCGUUUCCUACCCACUGAUGAAUGGAGCCGCUAGACGUUGUAGUAGGAUUGUUGACGGGAGUUGCUGCAAUAAAUUGGUUGAAUUGGGGCUCCUGCCUUAUUUAGAGAAUUUUAUAUUCACGUGCCCUCUUGUGAAUAUGCAUUAAGUAUUUUUUUUUUUUUCCCUGUUUUUCGCUGAGGAUCAAAUUCACCUUGCAAAACUGGAAUUAUAUUUUCACAAAUUGGGUGGUUGAUCCCGUAGCCAAGUCAGACAAUGAGGCAAAUGCUUUUAAGUAUUUGUCGCGUGUAAUCCGAAUUACUGAAUGGUUUUUAUCCAUGAGAACGCUAUAAAACUUAGAAACCUAAAAAAGACGAAA